AUGUCCUACUCAAAGUUUGAUUUGUUUUCCUCUUCUUUUUUUUUUAAUAUUGGGAGUUAAUACGCUAAAAAAGGUACUAUUUUUGGAACGAUACUAUCUUUUUUUGUCCUAGUUACCUCUGCAACUUAUCUUGUCUAUAUAUUAUACCAAUAUUCAACUAAUUAAUUAGAUCCUAAUUUUAGAUCUCAAAGUUUUAUAAGUGAUCAUAGCAUAGAAAUGGAGUUAAAAAAUGAUAUGAUAGGGUUUAGAUUCGAAUACGAUAGUAACCUUACUAUUGAAGAUCUUUAAAUUUAAAAUAAUAAGACAUACAUUGUUUACAUAGCCUAGCUAUAUUAGUCUGAUCAAAAAAACUAUUCUAGCAUCUUAUUAGAUAUAAUUGAUUGCACUAGUCCUAGUUUAUUAGGCUAUAAAUGUUUAGAUUUUUCUAAAGUAUCUAAUUAUACUUUUGCUCUUAAUACUUAAAAUAGCUUACAGACAUAAAUUAAUAUAUUAACUUAUGGGUGCUAAGAUUUGGAUAGCUUUAAAACAACUAUCCCUGAAAAUUGCGCUAAUUAGACAGAAAUAGACAAUAUAGUCAAUGGAAUAAAUGCUCUCUUAAGAUUGAAGUUCUAUACAUCAUAAUUUAAUACAACAUCUUAAUAGAUUUAGGUGAACUAUAGAAACUCAUACGUUUAUACAGUAGCUAACUAGCUAAUUUUAUCAAGAAUUAAAACCUAAAAACAAAUAACCUCUGUUAAGACAGGCUCUUUAAUAUAAUCUCAAAUGAGUUUUUCUUCUCCAAUAUAGUAUGAUUAGUAAGAUCAAGCAUUAGACAGAAAUUAUGCUUCUCAGAGCAUGGGAUUAUCUUGUUAUAGUCAUGUUUUGAUUUAUCCUGAUGAGUUAGUUUAACAAAUUUAAAUUUAAUUUCCAACACUUCCAUAAGUUACAGCUUCUGUAAAUAGUAUUUUUACACUUUUAAUGCUUUUGGGUCAUAUUGGCAGAGCUGUUUCAAACAGAUCGAUAAGGAAAGAUUUUUUUAUGCUAUUCUUGAAAAAUUUAUACUAAUUUAAUUAUUUAUCAAUGCUGGGACUAAUAAAAUCAAAAUAGCAUUAAGGAUAUGAAGAUAGUAAAAUUUAGUAAUAGCAAUUAGAUAAUGAAUAAUAAUAGCUUUAAAGUAAAAAGUAAUAAAUAGAUGAAGAGAUGAAAAUGAAAAUAUUAAGAAAAUAUUAAAAACAAGUUAAUCAAGAAUAAUCAAUAGAUAUAAAAAACGAAGACGAAUAGCAAAAAUCUAAAUCUGUUCCUUUAUUUCAUUAUAGACCUUCACUAAAUAUGGGUAGUCGAUAAUAAUAAUCUGAUAAUAGCUGUAAUAUACAAUAAGAGUAACACAUAAAUUUAGAGAUAGAAACAAAUAAUUAGCUGGUUUAAUAAAUUAAAAAAAAAAGAUUAUCUUAAGAAGAAGAUGCCUCUAAAUGCAACUAAGACUUUUUCAUUUAAAAAUAAAUUAUAGAAGAUUAAUAAGCAUCAAGUAUUAAUUUAGACUAAGUGUUUUCUGUUAGAAAUAACAACUAUCAGUAAAAGGCAAACAUUAAAGAAAGUUAAUAAAACCUCUUUUUAAGUUGCAAUUUAAAAGGGACAACUUGUAUUAAGAUUAUUGAUCAAGAAGAUUAACCAAAAUAAAACCAUACCCAAAUAAACUAAACCAAAGAAUAAUAAGUAUUGAAUGAGAGUCAAUGUGUUAGAAAUUUGUAAGCUGUUUAAGAUAAAGACAUCUCCUCUAAACUUUAUAGGCACAUCUUCAGAUUUAAAUUUUGCAAAAAAAGACAAAAAUCUGAUUCAAUUGAAGAAUUAAAUAAAGACCAGCAAUUAAAAAUAGAAAAUCAUGUUAGCUAAGACCUUGAUAUCUUAAAUUUUAUUAAUGACAUGAUCUUUUUAAAGAAAGCUGUCAUGAUACUUUUAAGAAAAGAUUAAUUAGCUGCUCUAAAACUCAUUGGGUUUUCUCCCUCCUUUUUAGAAUAAAAUAACCAAAGCAUCAAUUUUGACCCAAAAUAAAAAAAAAUGAGCAAAAAUUAUUAUGAGACUCAGUAUGCUAUUCUAAAAUCUGAAAAACUUUAAUAAUAUUAAAUCGAAAAAUUUGUAAAGAGAUGCCAAAAUAAAUAAAAACUUUCAGAGAUAGACAGAAGAAUUUAAUAAUCUUUAAAAGCAAACUAAAUUCUUUGA